AUGACGUGGGAAGCGCUGAAGCGGGUCUACACCAGCGCAUUCGGGAUUCCACGUGCAAGCCACUUGGCAAUUCAGCUGUUGCCUCGGCUGAAGAGCUGUUGUGGCAACUCAGAGAACGCUGGAGUGAUCCACUUCAUCGCAGCCACGCGACCGAACGAGACGGAACCCUAUAUGAUGAAGGUCGGGAAGUCCUCGCUGCACCUCCGAGAGAACAGCCCCCGAGCGCUUGCUUGCUUGGAGUCCGCACUGCGCAGGUACAAGCGCUGCACCGUGGAGGCGGCGUCCAGCUGGCAGACCCUGAAGGUGUUCCUGUUCACACACGAGGCCCAUGCUUGGGAAUUCGAAUCCGGAUUCCACAGCAUCGCUUACCAGACCUAUCCAGGCUCCCUUCUCUACAAUCCAGACAUCUGGACCGAAGUCCGCGAGCGCAACAAACGGCUGUCCCGCUCGAACUGGGAAGUUUACCAUGGCGCGAACAUCCCCGAGCUCCUCGCCCUAGCGGACCGCUUGUUCCGGCUCCCCCGCUCUGAGUUCUUACCUCUCCGUGCGGAGGCUUGGCAGCUCUGGAGCGCCCAGCACGCCGACUUCUUCUUCCCGCCCCAGCCACGGCCAGCCCUGUGCUGUGACGUCGACAAAGUGGAGGAGUACGCGUUCAUGGUCUGCCGCACUUGGCAAGAGUGGUGUGAGCGUGGCUUGUCGGUGCUGAAAGGACAGAACCCCGAGUACCCCCUGCACACGUUCUUCCGGAAAUGCCGCGGCAGGCUGUGGAAGCCUGCUGGCGCCAAGUCCAGCCACAUCGAGCCUGCCCGCUUCCAGACCCAGUUCCUUAUCCGCUUUGACGCUCUGCACCCUGACCUGGCGGCUAAGCUGCGUGACCAGCUGAAGAUGCCGCUUGCAGUCACGGAGCCUGUCAUGCUGCGCCGCUCGGCAGCCAAUGUCUGGUUGCUGAGCUCUUUUCAGCUCGGCGCGCAUCUUUUCCUGUAA